UCUUCCUGUCUACGGCAAGCCUAUCGCUCCCCACAAUGCAUUGCGUUGAACGAUUACGCACACACAGGACCGCGCUUCACCCGGCCUCACCGCCCGUACUGUCGUUUACAAGCCGUCCAAAUCCACGCGGAUUAUAGGAGAAGAACACUCCAGCACACACAGCCAGCGCCUUCCAACAGUAUGGAGUCCACCGCCAAGAGAGACGCGGAGAGCACAUGUGUGCUGUGCUGCCAGGACAUCGACCUGUUCGCGGUGGGGAAGUGCGAUCACCCGGUGUGUUACCGCUGCUCCACCAAGAUGCGGCUGCUGUGCGAGCAGAAGUACUGCGCCGUCUGCCGGGAGCAGCUCGACAAGGUGGUCUUCAUAAAGAAACUUGAGCCCUUUGCCGCUCUGAACAUUCAUCAGUACCAGUAUGAGAAGAAAUUUGACACAUACUUUGCAGAUGGAAAGAUAUAUGCACAGUUCAGGAAGAUUUUGUUACAUGAAUGUCCACAAUGCCCAGAUCCAAAAGUGUUCUCCAAAUUUGAAGAAUUAGAACAGCAUAUGCGGAAACAACAUGAACUCUUCUGCUGCAAGUUAUGUGCAAAGCACCUGAAGAUAUUCUCAUACGAGAGGAAGUGGUACAGUCGGAAAGACCUGGCUCGACAUCGAACGCAAGGGGACCCGGAUGAUACCUCGCAUCGUGGGCAUCCGCUUUGUAAAUUCUGUGAUGAUCGAUACCUGGACAACGAUGAACUAUUGAAGCACCUGCGGCGAGAUCAUUACUUCUGCCAUUUCUGUGACGCAGAUGGAGCUCAGGAAUAUUACAGCGACUACCAGUACCUCAGCGAGCACUUCAGAGAAAGCCAUUAUCUCUGCCAGGAGGGCCGCUGCAGUACAGAGCAGUUCACUCAUGCUUUCCGCACAGAGAUUGACUAUAAAGCUCACAAAGCUGCUGCCCACAGCAAAAACCGGGCUGAGGCACGGCAGAAUCGCCAAAUCGACAUUCAGUUCAACUAUGCACUCAGACAACAACGACGAAAUGGCGGUCUGAUAGUUGGUGGCGAUGACUAUGAGGAAGUGGAUCGCUUCAACAGACGGGGAAGACCAGGAAGAGGACGAGCCCCAGGAGGACAGCAGAAUGUCAGGAGCUGGAGAUAUAAUCGAGAGGAAGAGGACCGAGAGAUCGCAGCUGCUUUGCGAGCUUCGAUGGCCAGCCACCAGGAAGAGAGAAGCCAUGUGCAAGAGAGAAGCAGUCAGAAGCCACGCAAAGAGGAAAAGAUGGAGCCUGAUGACAUGAGAAACAACAGAGGCACUGCCAAGCAGACGAACGAAAUGCAAGCUCGAUCAGUGAAGAGUAAUCCCUCUUUGGCUGGUCAGGACUUCCCUGUUUUAGGGGCAGCUGCACCUCCAGCCCCAAUUCAAAGCAAGAUCAAACAAACUUCUGUCUCUCUGAAGGAAGAUGAUUUUCCAAGCUUGUCUGGCUCAGUAGUUUCCGCUCCAAUGACACCUGCAUACACAAAUCAACCCAAGAAACAUUCGUCCUUCCAGGAGGAGGACUUUCCUGCACUGAUCUCCAAGAUCAAACCACUGAAGUCUCAAUCAAACACAACAUCGGCCUGGUCUCAAGCUGGAAGCAAACCUGCGGUGGUUUCCAAUAAACCUGUGGUUCUGCCCACCAAAACAGCUCCUACGGUCUCUUCAUCCAUACUGUCUGCCAGUGACCCGCCGCCCAGUGGAAGUGUGCCUCAGCUUCUCACUGCCUCCUCAUCUCGCCGCAAAAAGAAGCUCACCUCUGCUGAAACCCACAAAGCUCCACCUAAAGUCAAAUGUCCGUCCUCAUCGGAUGACGAGGACCCCCAGACCGGUAAAACGGCUCAGGAAAUCUGCACGGUACCGACUAUGCUUGACAUCUCCACUUUGUUGACGGUAAAAGAUGGCUCAUCUCAGACCAACCCCAAAACCAAUAAGAAAAAGAAACAAGCCACAACUUCAUCUCUGGGUUCCCCCUCACGCACUCCUGAGUCCGUGUCCAAAAUGGCUCACAAAGAGAACGUUCCCGAGACGAAGCCACCAGACAACAGUCUCCCCUCCAAAACAAACUCCUUUAUAAACGGACUCACGGAGAAACCAGCAGAAGCACUGUCCCCUACAUCAUUUCCUGAAAAUAUUCCUUCCCCUUUAAAGCAGCCGGUAACCGACCAACCUCCUCCACCCAAAGAAGAGGAAUUUCCAGCACUUAUCUCCAGAAAACCUCCACCUGGCUUUAAAAGUGCAUUUCCGUUGAAGAGCACUCAGAGUGUGCUGCCGCCUCCUCCUCCUGGCCUUGGGCCUGUUGUCAGCAAACCUCCUCCAGGAUUCACGGGCAUCCCACUCAACAGUAAUGUGGUGGAAUCGUCGAUGCCGGCUGUUGACAGAGUGACACCUGCUAUUGGACCCUACCUCAUACCCGACAAUUUCCAGCAAAGAAACAUGGACCUUAUUCAGUCUAUUAAGAAUUAUCUUCAAAAUGAUGAAACCAAGUUCAAUGAGUUCAAAAACUAUUCAGGCCAAUUUAGACAGGGUAUAAUACCUGCUGUCCAGUACUACAAAAGCUGCCAGGAGCUGCUAGGGGAGAAUUUCAACAGGGUCUUCAACGAGCUGCUGGUUCUCCUACCAGACACUCGCAAGCAACAGGAGCUUCUCACUGCCCACGGAGACUUUAAGGCUCUUGAGAAACAGCAGCAAGGCUCCAAGGCCAAAAAAAACAAAAAGAAAGCCUGGCAGACAGGCACUACCAGCAACAGCCUGGAGCUGGACUGCCAUGUGUGUCCCACCUGUAAGCAGGUGCUGGCUCUGAAAGACUUCAACACCCAUAAAACCCUACACAUCGGCGAUGAUGACUUCCCCUCUUUACAGGCCAUAAGCAAGAUCAUCAGCUAGCUGCCAGCAGACGCACAUCCACGGCUCUCUGUGACACAGGACCUGGUGCUGCACCAGGAUAAUGCUGAGAUGCUCGAAAGGAUGAGGGCUUGUCUGAGCUGCAGUGGUAAUGUUUACUUGGAUUGUUCAGAUUCGGAAAGUUUUGAUGACACCUUUUUUCGAAGAAGAAAGAUCAACCCUAAAAAGUGCAAGUGGAACUGUAACUGUUUCGAAGAGAAACCGGAUUAAUCUACUUGAAAGCUUGAGUUCUAAUGUUGAUUCAUUUAUUACUCCUCCAGUUCAUCUUUUUCAUCAGGUUUUCCAGUGCUGUUAGCAUGGUCUUUUU